AUGUCUGACUACAAGCCCACUGAGCACGACGGUCUCCGCAAGGACGGCCAACCCGACCAGCGCGUGAACCAGCCAGGCUUCGCGCACGGCAAAGUCGACCCGCAUGAGGCGGGCAAGAAGGGAGGCCACUCCUCGGGCGGCGGCACCUCGGACUCAUCCAGCUCCGGCGGCAGCAGCGACAACCCCCAGGGCGCGGCUCAUCUGGGCGGUGAGGGAUUGCGCAAGGACGGCGAGCCAGACCAGCGUCUGAAGAUGAACCAGGAUUCUUGA